CAGAUAAAUGUCGGUGAGCCUCGCGCUGGCCUCUGCUGAAGUCGGGGCUCUGUUUUUCCUCACAAACCCUGUUUGGCCGUGUAAGUGGAGCCUCUGCCCAAAGCUUCCAUACCCCUGCAGGGAGGCAGAGCUCCCGCCAGAGCAGGACCUGGGCCCAGCUGAGGGCAGGCGGCGGCAGCGAGGGCGGUCUGUCCCGGGAGAGGCAGGAGGCAAAAGGAGCUUGUUCCACUCCCACCAGAGAAGGCGACCCUUGAGAGCGGGAGAAGCCUUCAGGUUGAAAGAGGCGGCGAGGGCCCGCCGCUCCCACGCAGGCCGGCAGCCCUCCCGUCCGCCCGCCGCCGUGUACGGCUCAGCCCGGUAGCUGUGCGACCCGACCGCGCACCGCCGCCAUCUUGCGGCUGGUCCCUCGCCGCGCCGCCGCUGCCGCCGCUGCCCCCACGGGCCCGGCCUCCGGAGCACGGCGAGAGCCGCGGCGCAAGCCCCGGGCCGGAGACCCAGGCCCAGCCCCGGCGCCUGCAGAGUCGGCCGCGAGGGCUGGGCUGGCGGGGAGGGGCGGGCCGAGACGGGCCAGCCCUCCCCUCCCCGCCUCGGUACCGGCAGUCUCGGCCCUGGACAGGUUCUCACUUCGGCAGCGCACGGAUCCCUUCUGUACGUGCCCUUGUGCGGAGGCGCCUGCCAAAAGCUGAGUAGAUGAGAUCAUUUCAUGCUCUUUUUUUGGAAGAGGUAGUCAACGAAAAUGGAUAGCUAUUCAGACUUCUAUGCAGAGAACUUCUCAUCUUCAGCCAAUAUGUCUAUUUCUUUACCUGGACAAGCUGGAUUCAAUACCACCAGUGGUACUCCUUCUAUGUCAAUAAGCAGGCUUUUCCCAGCCCUCUUAGAAUGUUUUGGAAUAAUUCUUUGUGGCUAUGUAGCUGGAAGAGCCAAUAUUAUCACGUCAACUCAGGCCAAAGGACUGGGAAAUUUUGUGUCCCGUUUUGCACUCCCAGCCCUACUGUUCAAAAAUAUGGUGGUACUUAACUUUUCUAAUGUGAAUUGGUCCUUCCUGUACAGUAUUUUAAUUGCCAAAGCUGCUGUGUUUUUCUUAGUCUGCAUUUUAACGUUGUUGGUUGCCAGUCCUGAGAAUCGAUUUGGCAAAGCAGGUUUGUUCCCUAUUUUUGCUACACAAAGCAAUGACUUUGCAUUGGGAUAUCCAAUCGUUGAAGCUUUGUAUCAAACCACUUACCCAGAAUAUCUCCAGUACAUUUACCUAGUGGCUCCAAUAUCUCUUAUGAUGCUAAACCCUCUGGGGUUUAUCUUCUGUGAAAUCCAGAAGUGGAAGGAUAAUCGCACUGUCUCACAGAGCAAAAUCAAAAUAGUGGGCCUAGCACUCCUUCGAGUUUUGCAGAACCCAAUUGUAUUCAUGGUCUUCAUAGGAAUUGCCUCAAACUUUAUUCUUGGCCAGAAAAUUCCUGAAUACCUUGAAAACUUCCUCGAUGGACUGGGCAGUUCAUUUUCUGGCUCUGCACUUUUUUAUCUUGGACUAACUAUGGUGGGACAAACAAAAAAACUGACAAAGGGUAUGUUUGUUGCACUGAUCCUUCUCAUCACAGCUAAACUACUUAUGAUGCCAUUUCUCUGUAGAGAGAUGGUGGAACUCUUAGACAAGAGUGACAGCGUAGUCAACCACACCAGUUUAUCCAACUAUGCAUUUCUUUAUGGAGUUUUUCCAGCAGCACCUGGUGUCGCAAUAUUUGCAAGUCAAUUUAAUAUGGAAGUAGGAAUUAUUACCUCAGGCAUGGUUAUAAGCACUUUUGUGUCUGCACCUAUUAUGUACGUUUCUGCAUGGCUGUUGACCAUUCCCUCUAUGGACCCCAACCCCCUUGCGUCUGCACUUCAGAAUGUUAGCUUUGACAUAAGUAUUGUCAGCCUCAUUUCUCUGAUCUGGUCUCUUAUUGUUGUUGUUCUGAGUAAGAAAUACAAACAGCUUCCUCAUAUGAUUACAACAAAUCUACUUGUUGCUCAGUUUAUUGCCUGCAUUGGAAUGGUGGUAUGGAAUUUCAUUAUUAAAGAGAAAGACAUCACCAUGCAAAUCCUAGUAUUUAUAUUCCUCUACAGCUCUCUUUACAGCACCUACCUGUGGACAGGUUUUCUGUCUUUCUCUUUGUUUCUGUUGAGGAAGAGAGAAACAGUAAAGAUUCCGAUUGGGUUAAUUAUCAUAGCUGGAUGGGGAGUCCCAACACUUCUGGUGGGAAUCUUACUUAUUGUUGGUGAACGUAACAGUACUAGCAUUGACUCUGCCUUUUUCUAUGGAAAACAUCAGAUAAUUACCACAGCAGUGAUCCUGUUCAUCAGUAUAUUGAUGUCAGGUAUCUCACUUAUGUGCAUGAACAGAAAUAGGCAAGAGUCAACCUAUGAAGUAUUGAACCCAUAUUCACCACGAAGCCAAGUGGAGAAUGUUGAAGUGGAAAAAAGUGAGGGGAAUCAAGUUUCAGAGAAUGUGCCUCGGCCUUCUGCAGGAUCUUCAGCACAGCCUUCUCCAGGAUCUUCUGUGCAGCCAUCUGCAGAAAGAGGUUGCUGUCCCUGUCAAACAAUAAAUGAUGAAUUAUCCUGUGCUAGAGAGAGCAAAGUGGUGUCAAACACUGUUGAAAGCAAAGUUCCUCCAAUUGAGACAGCUGAUCAGUGUGUGAGUCGUUGCAGUGCUCAAACCUGUGUGUUGGCUCAGGAAGAACAACUUCUGCAGACCGGAGACAAACAGCUGGCCAGACAUGUGCUGCUGUGCUUACUUCUUAUUGUUGGCCUGUUUGCUAAUCUUUCCAGUUGUUUGUGGUGGCUGUUCAACCAAGAGCCUGGAAGGCUAUAUGUGGAAUUGCAGUUCUUCUGUGCUGUGUUUAAUUUUGGUCAGGGUUUCAUUUGCUUUGGUAUUUUUGGCUUAGAUAAGCAUUUAAUCAUUCUGCCAUUCAAGCGAAGACUUGAAUUUUUCUGGGGAGGAAGAGAAACAGCAGGGCACACAGAUCCCUCUGUACCUGAGGAAAUCAGGAUGACCUGUCAACAGUUUGUUCGUUAUCACAGAGAUCACUGUGUCAAAAGUAUUGUCAGAGGCAGAAGGUGUGGUGCAAAGAUCUCCACUGGCAUCUUCUUUGGCUGUGACCUGGUGAACUGGCUUAUGCAAGUUGGCCUUGCCUCUGACCGUGGUGAAGCUGUGAUGUAUGGGGACAGACUGAUGAAAGGAGGCGUCGUCCAGCAUAUUACAAAUGAAUUUGAAUUUCGGGAUGAAUAUUUGUAUUACCGCUUUAUUCCCAAGAGAUCAGCUGCAGCUGAGAGCCAUUGACUUGAGGAUAUAGGCAGUUAGGAGUGAGCAUGACCACCUCCUCUGCUUUCACCAGAGAGAUUGAAAGUAUUUCUUUCUCGGAGCUCUCAGAGGACUGUGUUAUUCUCGUAAAAUGAAGAGAUGUAGUUCUACUUGUGUCUGUUCUGAAGGAAUUGGUAGCAAGCGGUAUUUAGUGAGUGUUCCAACCAGAAUGCAACUACAACAAAACAAGAUGCUCUGGAUUUAGAGCAGUUUUUCCAUUUUGAGCAAAACAAAUAGUAAAAUGAUAUGUGUCACUGUCAUAUUAUAAAGGCAUUAUAACAGCAGCUUCAGUGACUAGUGCCACAGUGGAAAAAAACCCAAACCAAAACAUGAAUGAGAGAUAUUUCUCAUGUUACUGGAUGUUUUCCAUAUUUUAGUGUGAUGAAAUAUUGAUUCCUGUUUACAGUCAGACUUCCCUCUGACUUCAUAGGAAUAGGAAUUCUUGUAUCAAAUCCCAGUUUUUAUUACUCUUGUCUAACACUAGGAACUUUUCCUAGCUGUUUAUAUGUCAGAUCAGGUGGGUCGCUUCUCCAUUAAAGAUAAAAUCCACCAUUUGAAAAAGUAGAAUUGUUAUGAAUAUGAUUCUGGUGUCUGAGGAUUAAAGCCGAGGAAAUACUGAGUGGAAUAUGUACAGAUUUUGUACAAACUUACCAAACCUUGAAAACAUCUACAAAUACCCACCACUCCACCAAAUUAGGAAUGGUAUAAUGGAAUAUCGUAUAAACAAUUGGUUCUGAAGUUUUGCCUUAUGGUGGUAGAAACAGCUUUGUCAAGAGUAGAUUUUUUUUUCUUUACCCUCUGAAAUUAGCUUUUCUAUUUUAAUUCAGAAGUGCCAGCCUCAAAUAAAGAUGGAAGACUUGAAUACUUGUGCAAGUCAAGAUGAAAAAUUUUAUCAAAUCAUAAAAUCUUUUCAAUAAAAUACAACUGCUUUUAAAUCUAUUUUAUAAAGAGUCCUAAUUGAACAUCCAAGUUAGGGUUUAGAGUAGCUACAGAGACUAAAACUUUAGUAUUAAUUGCCUAAUACAGGUUUCUAAUAAACCUCAGGUGUCCUCCUGUGAUGUUUAAGUAGUUACUGUAGUGUCAUUCAGAUUCCUGUGCACCGAGAAUCUGUGUGUCUUCUGCAGUAUUCCAAAAAGGUUAAAGACAAACUCUAGUAGCCGAUAGCCAUUAUGCUGUCCUUUUAAAACUGCAAGUUUUAUAUGGACACUGCAUUUCUGUGUCCAUAUAUAAAUUUUAUAUAGUGAGGGAAAGGAACCUAGGAAUUAAAAAAAAAUUUUGCUCAAGCAUCUGAAAACCUUGUCAUCCCUUUUUAAAAAGUCUUUCUUUUUCCUUUUUUUUCUAGUACAGAUUUUUGUUACAGGUACUUAUGCAUCUACUUUGUGUUAAGAACUAAAAGUAAUUUUAACAGCAUAAACUCCUGUUCAAGAAACAGUUGUUUUAUGGGAGCUAUAACUCCAUGCAAGAUUUGUAUUGAAAAAAACCCCUUGUUUUACUGUCAGUCUUAUUGAACUUUUGCGAUGUGCACAAAAACAUAACUGCAUCCUAAUGCACAGGUGUGCUAUACAAACUGACAUGUUGUAUUGUUCUCCAGCAACAAAAUCAUUGACAUUUGUAUCAAAAAGGCAAACAAUGGCAUGUUGCUAUUACAACUACUGGAGAUUGCUAUGUCAAAUAUUUUAGAAUAAUUAAGUAUAUAUGACUUAAGAGCAGAAGCUACGAGUGUGUCUGGCUUCUAAAUACUGUAACUUGUCAAUAAAUCUGUUACUUGA